UGAUUGCUGAAACCUCUCUCACUGUUCACUACUUCAGCAUGACCUCCUUAGUCCUCCUGCUGCUGCUGCUGCUGCCCACAACCUCUCUCUCCUCCUCUUCGCAUUCUCCGUCGACCUCUGCUGCGCGGCGCUUCUCGAAGAUCUACGCGUUCGGCGACUCGUACACUGACACGGGGAACACGCACUCCGCGGAUGGCCCGUACUCCUUCGGCUAUGUGUCGAGCCCUCCCUACGGCACCACCUUCUUCCACCGGUCCACCAACCGGUACUCCGACGGCCGCCUAGUCGUCGACUUCCUCACCACGGCCCUCUCCCUCCCAUUCUUGCCGCCUUACCUCGCGGUUGCACGCAAUCCAUCGGGGGCGUUGCAUGGAGUGAACUUCGCGGUGGCAGGGUCGACGGCGAUCGAGCACGAGUUCUAUGUGCAGAACAAUAUCACCAUCGACGUGACACCGCAGUCGCUGAUGACGCAGCUGGGGUGGUUCCAGAAGCACGUGGAGGCAGCGGGGAGGGCGGCAGGGAUGGACGAAGCGCUGUUCUGGGUCGGGGAGAUCGGCGCCAACGACUACGCCUACAGCUCUCUUUCCUCCGUAUCGCCGAGCAUUGUUCAGGAUCUUGCCGUCAGGAAUGUCUUCUCCUUCCUGGAGGCCUUGCUCAACAAAGGGGCCAAGUAUAUUGUAGUCCAGGGACUACCAUUAACAGGGUGCCUCCCCCUAUCCAUGACAGUAGCUCCGCAAGACGACCGCGACGACAUCGGGUGCGUCGCGAGCGUGAACAAGCAAAGCAGCACCCACAACACACUUCUGCUAAACAAGUUGAAUGAGCUGAGGCGACGAUACCCAAAAGCCGUCAUCUCCUACGCUGACUAUCACGGGGCUCACCACGCCAUAAUGAAGAACCCAGCCGCUCACGGCUUCACGGAGACCUUCAAGACGUGUUGCGGGUCAGGGGGUGGGGCGUACAACUUUGAUCUGUUCGCAACGUGUGGCUCGCCGGGCGUUAACAAGGCUUGCUCGGACCCUGCCAAGUUCGUAAACUGGGAUGGAGUUCACUUGACCGAGGCAAUGUACAAGGCUGUCGCCAAUAUGUUCUUCAAUCGUGGUUAUUGCAGACCGGGAUUUGAUGUUUUGCUAAGCAGUAAAGGGGACGCGGCAAAGUGAAUUGGUUGUCAUUGCUAUGUACGAGGUAUUGGGUACUAUGGCCUUAGGGUAUAAAAGAUUGUUAUAGUUGAAGAUAGAUGGGUUGAACUAGAUGUGUUUUGUAACUGAGUUGAUACUUGAUAUGAAUGUUUAAUGCAUACUUGCGGAUAGAAUUCACACUUCUAAAGCUGCUA